UCGGCGCCAGUGCAAUUUUUGUGGCGCUUCUUGCGAUGGGCGCCGGAGCGGGCGGUGUGUAUCUUCAGUUCACCGGGUACACCAAACCGGCGGUGUCGUUCUUAGGAAUCCCCUGCGCAACAAUGUGGGUUCCAAGUCUGAACAUCCUGGCGGGAUCGGUGGUUCUACAGGCUAGCACGCGUCGGAACUCGCCAGAUUCAUACCUCAUGACUGUUGCCAUGUACUCGUCCAUUGCCGCCGUCAUUCCCGCCGCACUGGAACUCGUGCUGGGGUUCAUGGCGACUAUAGAGGAACACGAGUACCAGAUUCCACUGGAGGUUGAGGGGGUGAGCCCGUAUGCUCUGCUGACAGCCGCGGCGGUGGAAGUAUUCGGACUUCUCCUGCUCAUCCUGACCAUCGUCGCUGCCAUUCUCUGCCAUAGGAUCUUAGUACGGCAUCGGGUGAACAAGUAUCUGCUUGGGACCAAGUGGGCGCAGUGUAAGGAUCGGCCGGACGAGGACGACAUCGGAGUGGACCACUCGCCCCGCCCCCCUCCCAGGUCUGUGUGCUUCGUGGUGCCGAUACCUGAUCACGCCUUGCAGAAGUUUGAAGCCAACGGGUUCACCAACGCGUACCCAUACGACUGGGUGUCUGCUGAGGACGAUGUUAGGAAUAAACCGCUGGUGGAGUCACCGAAACCGCAGAGACAGGUAAGCCGGGUGAGCAGCAGCAGCAGACGUGUGCGGUGGGGAGGGGUGACGGCUCCUGCGGGCCGGCCCAGACCAGCGGAGUCCGCACAGAAGGCACCGGGAGGCAGGAGGGUCCGCAGGUCCGCAACCACCAACAAAAAACAACACCGAGACAACAGGAGGAAACCGGCCGUCAAGUCCAUGCGAAAUGCAUGGGAAAUUUGA